CCUUGACACCAAAUUACAUAAAAUGAGCAGUUCUAUCAGUGCACCGCAGACUAGAGUGUCAUUAUUAACAAAGACCUAAAACAGACUGAAAACAAUGGCAGUAAACUUGUUAUGUACAGCAUUAGUUUGUGCACUGACUCUACAUGCAUUGACUGGAGAGACAUUAGCAUAUAUGGUUGAUUGUUGUUCCCGUUACAGCAAAACAGAGCUUCCCUGUGGCUUAAUUAAGGGCUAUGAAAUGCAGCGCUCCAUAGAUGCUUGUGAUAUUAAUGCAGUAAUAUUUCACACUAAAAGAGGAAGGAAAAUAUGCGCAAACCCCAAAGAUGGCUGGGUCUUGAAAAGGAUUCAGUGCGUAGGGGAAAAAGUGAAAAGAAUGUCUGCAAGCAAAACAAAUCUGUCUAAGUGAAAGGACUAUAAGCUGAGCUAAUGUGCUUCCCAUUACUUUUUUUUAAUGAGUACAUGAGAAAAGCACAUAUUUCCAUAUGCUGAGUACUACCAAAGAAGAUAACAUCUAUCCUUCCAUCCAUUACAUGAACCUUUCUGAAUACCUGAACUGUUAUGGGGUGACUGGAGUGUAACUAGACAACAUCAGGCACAAAACUGAAUUCAGCUCUGGACAAAAAACCAGUAGCAAUAACUGUAUUUACUGUAAAUAAGGUUAAAUAAAUGUUAUUUAUUGAUUUCCUAAAGCAUAACUUGCAUCUAAUAUGUUAUGGGCCUUUAAAAUUUUACUGUUUUUUAAAAUGUACUCGUAUAUUACUUUUUAAAAUUUAUUUAUGUGAAAACUUGUUAUUGUUAUCGGCUGAAGUAAAGCAAAGGAAAUAUAAGCAUAUUUUCAUAUUUUACUGAAGAGUAUCUGAUAUAGAUUCUAGAACAGUUGUUUGCCAGAGAAAAUAGCAGGCAAGAUUUUUUUUAAGGAAAUGAAAUAAAGAAAGGUUAAAAUUACAUAACUUAUAGAGUUACUGACUGACUUGAUUCAGGUGCUUUUUGGCAAGACUGCAUCUUUGUCUGAGGCGAUAGGUAGAAGAACAAAAGGAUGACAAUGGCAAAAGCAAACAAAAAAAAAACACACACACAAACAAAUCUGGAUGCAAAAGAUUAAGCAAUGGUUGGAUAAAACCUGGGAUUUAAAUUCUAUGGCAUUAAUUUAAAUUAAAAUGUAAAUAUAUUUAAAUAUAAAUUAAAAGUGAUAUCUGAAUUCUAGUACAAUGGUGUUGUAAAGCCCCAAUAAAACUUCAUGGCUUUUUGCAAUCAUCAACUUCAUUUACAUAAUCUUUCAGAGUAGCUGGCAUUUUUGGCGCUACCAAUGCCACCAGUUGAAUAUUUUGACAUCCACAGGGACUCAGUUACACUGGUCUAUGAUUAGCCCAAAUCAAAAUCUGUUUUAAGUCAUAGUGGUGGGUUCAUGUGUGUGUAUGAAAGUAGAUAAACCUGUGUUCUGGACAGCACAAACAGAAGAAAAGCCUGUCUGUCCAAUGUCUUGUGUUUGCUAUACCAUGACAGAAUGGAAAAAGAAAAAAGAAAGAACUGAUUACGACUGAACUUUUGGAAGACAUUUGCACAGCCACGGUCAUUAGCUGCUAGAAUGCAGCAAACUUGGAAUAGUUUGGAAAUUUUAAACUGUGCAAGCAGUUAAAGCAGUUAAAGCAGUGGUCCAGUCAUAUAACUCAUCAUACCUUGUGAAUCCCAGGUAUAUAAUACUCAAGGUGAUGAGAUCCAGUAACUACAACCUCUGAGGUAGGCAUGCUCUCCAGCUAGACGUUGUGCAGUUGUGAUGCCAGUUUAAUGUUACUUAAUUCCUAGCUGUCUUGUUCUUUCUUUCAUCAAUGUCACUAUCAAUGUCUUGACUGUUUGGGUUUUCAAGAAAUAGCUCAAAGAGUAAGCACUUACUGGUGCCCUUUUUAAAGCACAGCAUAUGUAUAAAACAAGAUAAAAUGAAUUCUGAAAUACAUACAAUGUUUGCCAUAGUUAGAGUGGUGUUUCCCUCAAAUGGAAAAUAUUUAUUUCACAUAUCAAUUUUCGAACAAGUCAGCAAUUAUGUCAUUUUUAUUUUGAAUGCUAAUUUUUAGGAAAUGUGAAUAUUGAUUAUUAAAAAGAACUGAGAAACAGGUCUCUUUAGUAAGUUGCAUUAACUGAAAAUGAAUACAUCAAGAUAAGAUUAUUGAAGACUAAGAGGUUUAUUCCUACAUGUUAAAAAAAACUGGACAUUUAGAGAUAGUGCUGUGUGCUUUUAAAGUCCCCUUGAUACACAUGUUUGUUUAAUGGUUAACCGCAUUUUGCCUAUUAAUUGACAUUUAAUCAUUUAUAAUAAACUAUCAUUUCUGCUUUCA